CCAGCAAACAACACCGCCAUCUACAGGAAAUAAUCGAAAUGGCAAUCACGAGUGGCAUGGUGCAGAUGCAUGCAGCUCCAGGCUUCUCGAGCUAUGUUGCAUCAAAGAUAGCUGUCUUGAAGGUGUUUGAUCAACUUGUGAAUGAGAAUCCGGAUCUCACUACCAUUCAUUCCCACUUUGGCGUUACUGGGGCUAGCAUGUUGACCAAGAUCCUGAGCGUGGGCUUCCAGUUGCCAUACUUUUCAUCUAGUUUCGCUGUCUGCCGUCUUUGCCGUUGGGGCUGCUAGCCAGGAGGCCAGGCUCUUCAAUGGGAGGUUCGUCUCGGCUCAAGGGGCGUGGACGAGUUGCAGCAGAUGAAAGAGGAGAUUGUUGGAGAUCUU